UCCGUAAACAGACUGACAUCAUGACUGUAUAUUAUGAUGAUGUUCUUGACGGGAGAUUCAGAGACAGACUGAAGAUGAACGAUCAAACUGGAUCUCUGACCAUCACUAACAUCACAAUAAAACAUACUGGAACUUAUGAACAAGAGAUCGACUACAUAAAAGUGUUCUUCUCUCUCACUGUCUAUGAAAUAAAAUCAGUGAUGGAGGGAGAUUCAGUCACUCUCAACUCUGGUCGUACAGAAAUAAAGGAUGGUGAUGAGAUUCAGUGGAGGUUUGGGAAUGAAAAUACUAUAAUCGCUGAAAUCAACAAACAGACCGACAUCCUGACUGUAUAUGAUGAAGUUCUUGACGGGAGAUUCAGAGACAGACUGAAGCUGGACGAUCAAACUGGAUCUCUGACCAUCACAGACACCACAACUCAACACGCUGGAGAUUAUAAACUGCAGAUAUUUAAACCAGAACAGUCAUUAAAAGAUUUCAGAGUUUCUGUUUAUGUUUCUGAACACUGCUGUGGUUCUACUGAAGCUGUGAUCCGAUUGGCCCUCUCUGCACUGGUGGGCGUGGCUACCGUCCUUCUUCUAGUUUAUGACAUAAGAUCCAGAAGAGAUAAACAACAUCAAACACAUAUUCACACAACAGAAAGUAUUGAAAUCUAAAGCAGAACGUCGUUCUUUAUUGGUUCUUCAUGUGUGUUUUUUUAUUCUUGUAGUGUUUCUGUCAUAAUGACUGAGUUUGUACUCUUUCUUUCAACAUCAAGCUGCAUCA